GCCUGCCUGCCAGAAGCGACUGUGGUGAGCGCAGCAUUGACAGCACCCACUACAGAAAUGGCGGAAGGGGAGUUGGAUGUCGACUCGCUAAUCUCCAGGCUUUUAGAAGUGCGAGGAUGUCGUCCUGGGAAGAUCGUCCAGAUGACGGAGGCGGAGGUGCGCGGGCUCUGCAUCAAGUCCCGGGAGAUCUUCCUCAGCCAGCCAAUCCUCUUGGAGCUGGAGGCUCCCCUCAAAAUCUGUGGUGACAUCCAUGGCCAGUACACAGACCUGCUGAGGCUGUUUGAGUACGGAGGCUUCCCCCCGGAGGCUAACUACCUGUUCCUGGGGGACUACGUGGACCGGGGGAAGCAGUCCCUGGAAACCAUCUGUCUCCUGCUGGCCUACAAGAUCAAAUACCCCGAGAACUUCUUCCUGCUGAGGGGGAACCACGAGUGUGCCUCCAUCAACCGCAUCUACGGCUUCUACGACGAGUGUAAGCGCAGGUUUAACAUCAAGCUAUGGAAGACAUUCACUGACUGCUUCAACUGCCUCCCCAUCGCCGCCAUAGUCGACGAGAAGAUAUUCUGUUGCCACGGAGGUCUCUCUCCAGACCUGCAAUCUAUGGAACAGAUCCGUCGUAUUAUGAGACCUACAGACGUCCCUGACACGGGGUUGCUGUGCGACCUGCUGUGGUCGGACCCAGACAAGGAUGUCCAGGGCUGGGGGGAGAAUGACCGUGGGGUUUCCUUCACGUUCGGGGCUGAUGUGGUCAGCAAGUUCCUCAACCGGCACGACCUGGACCUCAUCUGCAGAGCCCACCAGGUGGUGGAGGAUGGUUAUGAGUUCUUUGCCAAGCGCCAGCUGGUGACACUGUUCUCUGCCCCUAACUACUGUGGCGAGUUCGACAACGCCGGGGGCAUGAUGAGUGUUGACGAGACGCUGAUGUGCAGCUUCCAGAUCCUGAAGCCGUCUGAGAAGAAGGCGAAAUACCAGUACGGAGGCAUGAACGCUGGCCGGCCCAUCACCCCGCCCCGCACAGCCGUCCCCCCAAAGAAACGAUGAAGGUGAACGCAGUACCACGGAGGAGUGAGGGAGGGAGAGGGAUGACAGACAGACGAGUGUCUCAGGUCCCCUCCACUUUUCUCGACGGAGAAAGAACCGGAAAGAGAAUUAGAAGCAAGAUUUGAAUGAAUUGACACCCAAUCACAUGUGCCUCUUCUGUUUUGUUUAUAUUCCACCCCUGUUGCACACCAACUCUCUUCUUCCUACCUUUACUUUCUGCACCUGUGUAACCACAAAUGUUUUUUUAAGAUGGCCGGGUGGAGAGAGACACACAAUGUUGGCAUUCUGUCUGUACAAUAGUGUUUGUUUCUUUUUUCCAUUCUUGCUUUUUUCAUCUUAUGACAGAAUGACAACUACUAGCUCAGUUAACCAUAGACACCCCUUUACCUGUAUAGCCACAACAGGUGAUAAUGACAUGACUGCUGUUUUUUUAUUAAAUAAAAUGGGAUACAUCUCG